CACAACGGCCACUGCCCGUGGCAACGCAGCGCAGCGGGGGCAGGGGUUUUUGGGGUUUCCCGAGGCGAAAAAGCGAGAGGAAACCGCGGAGCGGAGGCGUCGGACACAGGUCCCCGUUCCUUCCGACCUCGCUCGCCGCUCCUCUCCUCUCCUCUCCUCUCCUACCGCGACCCUUCCUCCGACGGCGCCCUGCCCUGCCCUGCCGCCAUUACCAGCGAGGAAGGAGGCGGGGGAGCAGAGGCCACUUGGCACGGCUGGACCGAGCAGAGCGAGCGCGGGGGAGCAGGCACGCGCCCGCCGCGCCGCCGGCCGAUUAGGGUUUCCCGUGUCCUGGUUCGUCGGGCUGGCCGAUCGUCACGUGCGCGCUGCUCCGAUCGGUCAUCCGUACGCGCCGCCGCGAUGGCAAGGUCAUGGCUUAUAACUUGCAGGGGUGUUGCCAAGAAAAUUAGGAAUGACAGCUGCUCGAAUCGCCAGAUAAGUGAACUGGGUGCAGAAGCAUGCAGGGAGUGCCCCAACUGCAAACAUAUCAUUGAUAACAGUGAUGUUGCUGUACAGUGGCCUGGGCUGCCAGCCGGUGUGAAGUUUGAUCCAUCUGAUUUGGAAUUGCUCGAGCAUUUAGAACAGAAAAUUGGCGUUGGAGGUUCAGAGCCCCAUAUGUUCCUUGAUGAAUUUAUUCCAACUGUGGAGAAUGAUGAAGGGAUCUGCUAUUCACAUCCUGAAAAUCUUCCUGGCACAACGAAAGAUGGAAGAAGCGCUCAUUUCUUCCACAUAAUUUCAAAUGCGUAUGGUUGUGGCCAGCGCAAGCGUCGAAGGAUCAGCAACAGCGACUAUAGCACUUCUGAUGAGCAUGUGAGAUGGCACAAGACGGGUAAAUCAAAAGCCAUAUAUGACAAUGGUGUUAUGAAAGGGUGGAAGAAAAUAUUGGUUCUGUACAAAAGUUCACAAACAGGUGGCAAACCUGAUAAAGCUGACUGGGUGAUGCAUCAGUACCAUCUUGGGCUAGAGGAAAAGGAAAAAGUUGGAGAGUUUGUCGUGUGCAAAAUCUUUUAUCAAUUGAAGGCAAAUCAAGUGGACAAGUAUGAACCAGAAAUGGCUAACGAAGCAUCUGAUGCAUUUACUGCAAGGGAUUAUCCAAAAACUCCAAUGGCAAAGACCCCACAGCUAUGUCGCCCAAAUAAUAGUCCAUGUGAAACUGAGCAGACUUUAUUGAAAAAAUGUGAAACUGAGCAGAAGCAAAACUAUUCCAACUUGCAGUACCAGGAAGAAGAAACAGACAGGCCUGCUAUUAGCCUGGCAGAUGCCGAUCCCUCCGAUUGGUUCUUAGCGUCUCAGGCUGGGACUAGCUUGGAAGAACCCCUGCGUUGUCAUGAGGAUAUUAAUUCCUUUGGUCCAGAUAGGCCAAUCUAUUCCCAAGGCUAUUAUGAUGGAUUACCUGAUCUCCUUAAUCUCGGACCACCGCCAGAGCAGGACUUGAUGUUUUCAUCACAAGACUUGUUGUCGUUUUUCUCACAGGAAGAUGUGCAGGGUUGAAGACGAUCUCUUUACCAUCUACAGCAGUAUGAUGAUAUGGUGGCAACUUUUGGGGGGUUGACUUGGCAAGAUAGAAGUUGUGCAAGCGUCAGGGCUGCAAUGGGCCAUUUAAGGGUCGAAUACUUUUUUUGUCUCCACAGAACUGAAAAAGACAUUUAAUGAGUGUUUUUCUUUUGUGCGGUGGAAACCUUGAGUACUUGUUUAGCUAUCUGCAAUUCUAAUUGUAGUACUACUCCAGUUUCAUAGUCAGGCGGCCUGUUUCAGCUCACAAAUUUUGUUGUCAGCCCAAAGAGAUUGUUAUGUUUUGCCAAAGAAGACGGUACAUUGGCUAAACCAUAUGUGAUGUGAUUAAUGUGAGUUGCACUUUUGCUGAA